AUGAGGAAAAAAAAAGUGUCUGGAAGGAAAUUGCAAAAAGAACGACUCACGCUUAUGGUGUGUGCUAAUGCAUCAGGCACUCAUGCUUUAAAACUGCUUGUUGUAGGAAAAUCAAAAAACCCUCGAGCAUUCAAAAAUGUCAAGGUUGAAUCUCUGCCAGUAACUUACAAGUCACAAAGUCGUGCUUGGGUCACAAAAGAAGUUUUUCAUGACUGGUACACUAACAGCUUCGUUCCACAAGUUAAGGCUGAAUUAAAGAAGAACAAGUCACCAAUGAAAGCCCUUCUUUUACUGGAUAAUGCGCCAGGACAUCCUGAUGCUGAUGAAUUGAAAAUCAAAACUGCUGAUGGCUACAUUGAAGCUAUGUUCCUACCAAAAAAUACCACAGCUUUAAUCCAGCCCAUGGAUCAAAAUGUGAUAAAAACUCUCAAAGCUCACUACAAAAAGCGCAUUCUUAUGGAUGUUGUCAGUCAACCUGAUGCUGAUAUUGCAGCGAUUUUGAAAGCUUUCAACAUUAAGGACGCCAUUUUGAAUGUUGCAUAUGCUUGGCAACAAGUGAAAAGCACAACUUUGAUCAAAUCUUGGAAAAAUGUAUGGCCUAACAAUCCAUGUCUUACAACAUGUAAUCCUACAUCCAGCAGCGACCCAGAACUAUCAGCUAUCGGACCCUAA